UUUGCGGAAGGACCUUCCGGAAGUUCAUGGUAGAUCCACCGCCCGCCCCUCUCGCAUCUUGGCCUCUGCUAUCAGACGAGUCGGCAGAAAGGUGCCGCUGUGUGUACGGGCAAGGUUGGAAUCGAAAAGGAAAUCCAUCAUGCGGCAGCAUCCCGCCAGCGGUUGUGCCACGUACGUCUGCUCGGUCAAGCAAACACGAGCUCGAUAAUCCAUGACCGGAACCAAUAUUGGAAGCGUGGCGGUGAAAUCAUGCGAACGAUUUGAGUGGAACAGAAAUUGAGGGAGAGCAAAAAAAAAAGCAAACAUCUUCACUGCCCUUCGGACAACUUCUAUGGCCGUGUAUUUUCUACAGUCAAACUCCACACGCUGUCCCACAGCAGCCGUAAAGCGUGGAAACGAAAAUUUUAUACUGAAAAAAAAGAACCAAAACUCCAAGAAAAAAUAAGGUAUCGUUAGUGCCGCGUGGUGGUGGCGGACAUCAUUCAGUACCAACGAACGCAAAAUGCUACCGUGAACGAAAGUGAAAGUACGCCUUGCUGCGUAUAUAUGUGUGUGAGUGUGGAAAACAGCAGUAAGUCGCGUGUGUGUGUGUGUGUGUGUGUGAGUGUGUUUGUGUCUAACCCAAGCGUAUUAUUAAUCACAGCACAACAAUGAGCUCGACGGAAUUGGGAGAAUUUGUAAUAAAUGUCACCGAUGGGCCGUCCGGUGUGGCUAGCGGCGAUGAGGACGGUAGCAACAUCUCGACCACGGCCACCAUACACCUGCUGUACUGUGGCAAAGCACUGGAUGAUUUCCACACCAGUUACGCCAAAGCGCACGGAAUCGUCUGCCUGCUGGUGUGCAUCUUCGGCAGUAUCGCCAACACGCUCAACAUCGUGGUGCUGACGCGGCGCGAGAUGCGCUCACCGACGAACGCGAUCCUGACCGGGCUGGCGAUCGCCGACCUGCUGGUCAUGCUCGACUACAUGCCGUACGCCAUCAACUCCAUCCCGUACCUGCGGCUUUCGCGCGAGGAACGGCUCACGUACGGCUGGGCGUGGUACAUCAUGUUUCACUCCAUCUUCGCUCAGAUCUGUCACACGAUCUCGAUCUGGCUCACGGUGACGCUGGCCAUCUGGCGCUACAUUGCCGUCGCCUAUCCGCAGCGGAACCGGCAGUGGUGCGACAUGUCCAAAACGCUGGCCGCAAUCUGCAGCUCGUACCUCGUGUGCCCGUUUCUGGCCGUGCCGAUCUACCUCUCCUUCAGCAUCCAGUCGAACGUGGAGCUGCUCGGGUGCGACGGUAACACCCUGUCGGUGGAUGCGACCGGCAACGCAACGCAGGGUCGGAAUGUGACGCUGUACCGGCUCGGUACGUCACAGCUGGUGCGCGACAAUCCGGCGCUGCUGAACGUCAACUUCUGGAUCUACAGCGUCGUGUUCAAGCUGAUCCCCUGCAUCGCCCUGACGAUCCUCAGCCUGCGGUUGAUCGGUGCGCUGCUGGAGGCGAAACAGCGCCGCAGCCAGCUGACCGGCACGGCCACCGGGCUGAAGCAGAUCGUGGACGGUCGCGUGGUGGACGCGAAGGGUGGCAAGCAAACGGACAAGGAGAAGCAGACGGAUCGGACCACGCGCAUGCUGCUGGCGGUGUUGCUGCUGUUCCUCAUCACCGAGUUCCCCCAGGGCAUACUCGGCCUGCUGAGCGCGGUAUUAAAAAAGGACUUUUUCUUCAACUGCUACCUCAAACUCGGUGAUGUGAUGGACGUACUGGCGUUGGUCAACUCGGCGAUUAACUUCAUCCUCUACUGCUCGAUGAGCCGCCAGUUCCGCAGCACCUUCAACGAUCUGUUCCGGCCGCGCAUCCUCGACCGGUGGAUGGCCGUGCCGCAGGAGGGCGAGGACGAGCAGGGGGGCCGUGGUCACCAUCAGGACGCGGCGACGACGCAGAUUACGCAGAUAUAGCGCACGCCGGGACGUCCUAACAGUCAUUGCCACGGUUGCUUCGGGCAGUUUGCGACCGCACUGGCGGGUGUUCUAAUUAGCAACCGGCAAACAUCGAGCCGCGACGACUGUGCGAUGCUCUAGCGACGUCCCAACUACAGCUUGCAGUACCCGUUUACCGGUUGGCCGUUCUGGUCGACCUACUAAGCUAACGCACUUUUCCCCGGGGUUUGGUGCGGCGGGAACUUUUGCUCGGCUUGCCCGGUGUCUAAUUACUUAACCGGGCGGCGAGCAGUCCCGUGGCGCCCCCGGGGAUCACUUUCACUACUACUCAGACAAACACACACACACUACCGUUUGGCGAUUAGCCCUACCAUUACUAUUAGCAGAUAAUGGACACUACACACACACACACAAGCGCACACUCUGGGCACAAAAUGAAAUCGAACCAUCGAAAUGGAAUGGAUUUUAUAAUAAACCGAACAGUAAAGACUAAAAACCUCUGUUUCGCUUUCGUUACUACCGCUUUGACGCGCGCUCGCAGUAUUGAAUAUUUAAACCCAACACCUGCGUUACUGCUGCGUUACACCAGCGUUACGCACACAAGGCAAACUAAACUAAAUAUAUAUAGCGCAACUUUGUAAAUGUAAGGAUGGAGGUUUUAGUGGUAGCAUUAAACAUUAAACAUUAAACAAAACCAGAGAGACAACAAAAGUGAUCGGGAUAGAGUCGGAUUCGCAGAAUUAAAAACAAAAACGCUCCAAGGGUCAGGCUUAUUACAAAAAGGGCUUUGCUGUGUUUAGGUGCAGAGCGCUGUCGUUCGAUGUUCACGUGCAUAAUGGAGCGACCGCACGAGCAGUGAUACAUGUCAUUCGUUAAAUUCUAAAUAAGCAAAUGUUGUACAAAACAAAACAAAAAGCACCCACACACACACAGUUUUGUCUGCUAAAAAGCAGCUUUUGGCUGGUGGAAAUUGCGUUUCAUCGUAUUCGUGUAUCGACUACAAGCAAACUAUCGAACGGCAAACAAAGCACUUCGGUUUGAGGUGCGCAUAAGUGGUUUAGCGAUUUAGCAGAUAACAAAAAAAAGCUAUUGUUAAGUAGAGUUGAGCUAUGUGUAAUAUAUUUUUUAUGUUUACGUACAUUUGUCAAGAGAUUUAACCUAACCGUUGCGUUAUUAAAUAAAGGCCUUUGAAACUA